ACACCACAGAAGAAGAACGCUUUCCUUUUCCGCCUCGUCCGUCGCUGCAACUCCACCAAAAACACCAGAAACUGCAGAAACAUCCCUGAAAAGCAGCCAUGGCCCUGGAGUCGCGGAUCACCCAGGAGGAGAUAAAGAAGGAGCCGGAGAAGCCCAUCGACCGGGAGAAGACUUGCCCCCUUCUGCUACGAGUAUUUACCACCAACAGCGGCCGACAUCACAGAGUAGAUGAGUUUUCUCGGGGCAACGUUCCCUCCAGCGAACUGCAGAUAUACACAUGGAUGGAUGCCACGCUGAAGGAGCUAACGGGUUUAGUAAAGGAAGUGUAUCCAGAGGCCAGGAAAAAGGGGACCCACUUCCACUUCGCCAUCGUCUUCCCUGAUCCCAGAGGGAAAAUGUACAAGUUGAAAGACAUCGGCAGCACCGUGUCGGGCAGGAAGGGUCCGGACGACUCCAUGACCCUGCAGUCUCAACGGUUCCAGAUCGGAGACUACCUGGAUAUAGCGAUAACGCCACCUAACAGAGUCCCACCCCUCAGCACACGCAUGAGACCAUUCUGAAGUGCAUGCAUACACGUCCUUGAACAUGAACCGAUACAUUUGAUCUGUUUAUUGUGUCUUAAAUGCUUCUCGUUCAUUUUAUAAGUCUUGUUUAAUAAAGCUGUUUUUUUUUUUCC